CUUGCCUCCUCCUCUCCAAGCCAAGUGUUGAACAGUGUCAUUGCCUCCAGGACAAUGAAAUUCAAAAGCCAAGCGGUUUGUCAACCUUGCCGGGAUCGUAAAAUCGGAUGUGACGGGAAACGCCCUGCCUGUACGCAGUGCCUCCAUUUUCGAGAAGCAUGCCCAGGGUAUCAGCAGCAACAUGUCAUCUUUGUCCACCAAGCCCCGGGAGCCACCCGCAAUAACACCGAUCUACACCAGCGUCGACGGGGCAUCCGACCGGCUCCACGGGGAGUGAGCAGCGCGACGGGAAAUGUCUUGCUGAAUUUCACGAAAUUCAGAUGGUCGACAGCGGAAGAGUUGCUGGCGGUGGCCAUUGACCAUUUCAUCCCCGGGCUCAAGGUGCCGGUGUCCCUCUCGGAGCUGUAUACAUCGCAAUCGCUGGUCUGCGCUUCCUGGUUGGACGCGCUUCCCCAUUUGAUUAAUGAAGAACGAUACGGAUCUCUUCUCCUUCAGACAGUGAGAACCCUAGGACUUUCGAUUCUCUGUAAAGAGCAGGCAAAAAAAGAGUGUGACUCCCAGCGUCUCCGAUGCUACUGUUCUGCGAUCCAUCAGCUGCGAAGCCGACUGCUUCUCAGUGAUGAUCACUGUCGCGAGCAAACUGUCGCAGCGAUCAUGUCUUUGACACUUGCAGAGCUGGUGAUGCCAACCUCCCAGAAAGGCUGGAUAGCCCAUGUCAGAGCAGUGGGUGAAAUAAUGCGAAUCAUUGGUCCAGAUCAGUUUACUGUCUCGACUGCUCACCGACUAUUUGUUGGCUUCCGUCCUAUUAUUCUGAUCGAAGCUAUCCUCUCGCGUACACCUACCUUUUUGGAGCUCAAUGAGUGGCAAAGUGUUCCGUUUCAGAAGCACUUCCCGUCUCCUAUGCAACAGCUGUUAAGCUGUGCCGCUGUUCUUCCGUCAUUACUGCAGCAAACGGACUCAGUAAAACAGGUCCCCCCACAGAAUAGCGUCGCUGAAAGGCGGGAAGUCGCACUGGCACUAACUAAAAUCCUCAUGAAUCUUCAACAAUGGGAACUGUCAUAUAAAAACUCUUUUCGAGAACCUCUGUACUGGCCCAAGUCAAAGGGCGCAACUUCGGGCGACACGUCCAUACAGUCGUUCUGGUUUCCCAAUGCCCUCACGGCUACCGCUCUCAUUCAUUCCUGGGCCUUUCAGAUUAUUUGUCGUGCGCAAAUCGACCAACUGGAAGGAUUGAACAGAGUCCCUCGAGGCUUUGGAGACCUCGAUACCGGUUCCACCUUUCAGAUAUUAGAGGGGCCCGUUGACUUCUCUAUCAGAAUUUGCCAAAGUAUGGACUACUUCUUGGACGACCAGAUGAAGAUAUAUGGCCCUGCCGCCGCUAUAUUUCCCUUUCAGAUUGCGUACGAGACCUUGCUUUUGUAUUUACGCCCGUAUUCCAACCAGGUGAAAGUGUGCAAAGCCAUAAUUGUUCGCUUCUCGCAAAAGGGGUUCGAUGUCAAGCCGUCUGCAUCACAGUAAUCCCCAGCCGGUGACAUACUGCUAGCAACACAUUCUUAUAUUCUGCUGUCACGGGCUUGCCCUUUCCCAAUCAUAAUGCAGCAUAGAUGGAGGGAAAUCGCACUUGGUCAAUGUACGGUCGGUCUGUCAUGGACGCGCGCAGGACUCCCGUCAUUACCACGUAUAUUCUAGCCUUGGCAGGUUCUGACUCCAACAGCUUGCGUGGCUCUCAC